ACACACACACACGUGAACUUCAGCAAGAGUAAAUUUGAAAACAGCCAUGCAUCAGAUCACUCCAAUGCCAAAUAAUUGGUGGAAUAGUUGCCUUCUUGUUACUGUUACUGCAAUGGAACAGUGAGGGUCUAAUAACUACAGCGGCCUUUUCCAGGGCUGGAUAUGAUCUCACUCUAUCACAGCUCAGGCCAGAGGAUCAGUGAGUUUCACCACCAGGUGGGACACUUAACACUACACCUCAACAUCUCCAGUGCAACGCCGCGGACACGAAUCAACAUUUGUCUGGCUCAUGCUAGGAGACUGUGAAUGAAGCAAAGCAACUGGAGAGCCGAGCAAAGGCAUGCAACACAAAACAGCUCCCCUCUGCUUCUCGUACUCAUAAAUCAAUGCCCUAAAAAUCAAUGAGGACAAACAUGAAAUCCAUUCACCCCUAUUUCCACUUUCUUUGGUGCUGUUAAUGAAUUGUAAAUCUCUAGCCUGCUGCACUCUCUACUCAAAUUCCUGCUUUUCAGCUCUGUUUAUCUUCACAUUGUUGACCUAAGCCUAUCUGGGUUUCUGUACAUUUCGCUUGUUGUUUACGAUAAUAAAGAUGAGCUGAAUUUAUAGCUCUUGAGCUCAGCCGGUUAUACAAUGAUAGUUUUUUACUGCAGUGAUAGCAGUUCAGUGCUAGCUAUCAGACCAGCAGUCAAUAAUUACCCUGAUUUCUGAAGGCAAACACUAUUUCACUCUUUCUUUCUCUGUGUAUUUACCAUAUCUGUGUAUGUUCUGUAUAUGUGUGUGCAGGGACAACAAUUCUAGAAAAUGUACAGAUCCUUUCAGAAAAGGAACAGAAACACUGGACCGUGGGAAAAACUAUGUUUGGCCUCAGUGGGCCCUCCCACAGAGAGCAGGCCAGCCCAUCUCUCGCCUGCUCUAUGAUAAUCAGUCCAGAGUUCACCUGCCGUUUACUCGGUUUCAUCCUCUCUUACUGUCGAGCUAUUCGCCUCUCGUUUCCUCCUCUGCUAGAAUUCUGUUUCUCAGGAGAUUCGUUCCUCGGAGGCAGGAGUACGGCUGAUUGUGGAUCGCUGAGUACGGGGCCUGAUUGAGAUGUCACAUGGAGUAGCCGCCUGCUCUGAGUAUCAGUAUGACUGGAAGACAUCUCCAUAACUGAAGACAGGAUGAUGCAGUGGAACUCUACAGGUUCAGAGGAUCUGCUGGGGAACAGCAGUGACACUGGGCUGGGCAGCGUGGAGCAGGUCCUAGUCCCGAUAUUAGAUGUAUUGAUUCUGGUGCUGGGAGUUGGCGGGCACACAAUGGUGAUGGUGAUCCUGUGUCGGAGGCGGAGAAGGGGGGUGGGACGUAUUGGACAGUCUUCUCAAAGCUCCAUGACUGGCACAGGAACAGACGUCCUCCUGCUGGCUCUGAGCGCUGCAGACCUGCUUUUGCUCUCCAUGCUUCCCUUCCACACUGUUGCCAUAGCCGUGCAGCAAUGGCCGUUUGGGGACUUCAUGUGUCGCCUGGUGGGCUUCUUGGGAUCUGCCUGUUCCUCGGCCAGCAUCUUCACACUGGCCACACUGGCUGUGUCUCGCUAUCUGACUGUGGUGCAGCCUGCCAGAGCCUACAGCCUCCUCUCCCCUCGCCGGGUGUCUAUAGCUGCUGCGCUCCUCUGGGUCCCGGCCUGCUGCCUGGCUGCUCCCCAGCUGGUUUUUCGCUUUGUGAACCCUGAUGGCCUCACUUGCUUUGCUUUCCUGUACUACCAAGACCAGCUGAUCUAUGGAUUGUUUCACUUCCUAGUGGCCUUCUUGCUUCCACUGAUCACCAUUGCAGUGGCGUACAGCAGAAUUUACAUUUUCCUGUGGGAGAGUCAGCAUGCCAGCAGGGCCCCCCAAGUAGAGCGCUACCAGAGCAAAGUGACUCAGACGUCGGCCAUGCUGGUGCUGGCUUUUACCCUGUGCUGGCUGCCAUCCUAUGCCCUGAUGCUGGCCUUACUGGUGGAAAAAAGGUCUGGGGCCACUGGGGCCUCACCACGUAACAGCCCCUUCAGCGUGUUUGCACGCCUCAUGGCGAUCUCCUCUACAGUGAUGAACCCCAUCCUCUAUGUACUGAUGUCCCAAAAGUUCAGACAAGACCUACUGAGGCUGUUCAAAGGGGGAGGGCAAAGAGCCAGUGGGGCUGUGGCCAUGGCUGCUGCCUGACAGUAUUAAUAUCAACAACUACCUUGAUAAAACUGAAAACCUGACACACAAACACUGAGCAACUACUGGGAAUAAAACAAUUACAAGCUGAGUUGCUUUGCUGAAAGAGAAUAUGAAAAAAUUGCAACCUCACGGGGAAAGUCUACUUAACAAGGCAAAACAACAGCACUCAUAACAGCGGACAACAUUCAUUCAACAUCUUUGCCUCUUAACAACAUUCACUGGUAGUCUGGAUAUUGUACAAGAAGAUCAAACCAUUAGCCCUGGGAGGUGCCGGUCUACAGGGACAGUAGGACAAACAAUACUGAAUCAUGCAUUCCUUGUAAAACAUUUUGAAGUAAAGGCACUUUGGUAAAACAUUAAAGGUGAACCUGUGUUUUGCUGUGCUGAGAUAAGGUGAAUGCAUGUCUAUCUGUAGGCCUGUUUAUGUUAGUAUAGACUCUCCUUUCAAAGCACAGAUAAAAAAGGUCUUUGCUUUUGUUUCUAGUUUGGCUACACCUUCAGAAUAAACUCUUCCUGGUUGUGUUUAGAUCAGUGGGAGUGUUUUGGGGAACUCCAGCUGUUUUCUUCUCCAAGAUUUCUCACUGGGAGGUCUGAUGUUUUCAACUAAGGUUCUUUGUUAUUCACAAAAAAGUGUUGUGACCAAAAAUCAUUCUUGACUAAUGACAAGCCCAAUAUCAACUAUGGGAGGGGAAAUACACUG